UAUUCCUCCGUCUCUGAAGUCACAGCCCAGAGUGUGCUUCGCCUUCCUUACUUGAAUGCCUGCAUCCAGGAAACACUGCGUCUCACGCCACCCAUCAAUGGUCGCGGGUCCCAUCGCAUUUCGCCUGGGGCCACGAUUGAUGGGCUCUACGUGCCCAAGGGCCGGCGCGGUGGCGUCAAUGUUUCUGCCGAUAUCUGGACCAUUCAGCGUAAGCCCGAGUACUGGGCUCUCGCCGACAGGUUCAGACCUGAUCGCUGGCUUGACAAUGGCCCGGGCACUGUUUUUGAGCACGAUGUCCGGACCAGCUACCGGCCAUUCCUCGUCGGACCUCGGGUGUGCAUUGGUCGCGAGAUGGCAUUGCAGUCUACUCGUCUGACUGUCGCCAAGAUAGUAUUCUCGUUCGAUCUAGAAAUGGCUAACAAGGAGACUUUUGUUUGGGAGAGGGAUGCAGGCAACGAUUACGUCUGGCAUGAUUACCAGGUCUUGGUGAAGAAAGGGGCAAACUAG